UCUGAGCUGGUUGUUUUUUAAAUGUAAUUUUCAAAAGCCCAAUAAGAAAACAUUCUUUUUCUACUACAUACUACAAUAUCUCAGGGUCAGUUGUUUUAAUUUGUGUUUCUCAUUGCCAAGUAUGAUUCGACUUAACGGUCCUUGUUUAAUUUUAUUUUGUUAAAACUUUUGUAUCGCUGGCUGUUGCAUGGAGCUUGCAACAUGAAAGAACUUUAAAAAAAUGUGAAGAGCUUUUGUCUUGAAAGAGAGUAGCAGUUAUCUAGGUCAAAUGGAGUGUUUAGAACAAGCAAACUGUACUUGUGUGCUUGGGCAGCAUUUGAGUUAGAGGCAGAAAAUAUGUCUAUCUGUAAUUAAAUGAACCAGCUUCUGCCUGUAAAUCCACCUUUUCAUGGGCCAUUCCUACCCUCCAAUAACUGGAGUAACUGGGAUGAUUGCCUUGUAGAGAGUGCAAUAUAUCAGAAAAGCAGCUUCUCAUGAACAAAACUAAACUAUAAAAAAGUAUAUAUUUUACAGUUUUUCUACUUGGACUGACCCUGGAAAUCCUACUUUCUAAGUGGGAUUGUUUUUCAGUCCCUUUCUUUAUGAAAUAAUAAAAGUCAGCCUUUCUUUAAUAGUCUUCAGCAGUUCAGGUGCGGCUGUUCCUGCCACAACUGUUUCUUGCCCAGCCAUAACUAGCCCAGUCCCUUGAGCUGGCUCUGGUGUUCACUGAACACUUCAUUGAACCUAUUCAGCUCAUGAACAGCAGAAAAACAUUCUGCUUUCUUUGUCAAGUUAAAUUAAAUGAACCCCAGUGCCACCAGCUGAGAAACAUUGCAAAGGCCAGGGAAGGUUGGUGGCACUCAGCCACAGGAUGGGCUUGGCUCUGUUACUCAAACCCUUGAUUCUUCACAUGCUUCAAAAUACCUGGGUUUAUUAGGACAGCAGAACAGCAAAUGGGAGAAAUGGCAUCUUGCAACCAGGAAAAGUGGUUUCAAGUACGAGAGAUCUGAUUCAGCUCCUGGUUCCACCUCACAUCACCACCCAUGCCUAAGCCUAUUUGUAACUCAAAAAUUUGAGUUCCUUUGAAAACUGAUUUGAAACUUACUACCAAGAAGAACAAGAACAGCACAUUAUUCAACACUAGGGUAUCUAAGGAUGCUACAGUCUUCUGCUUCUAAAUUAUGUCUGCAACUAAAACCGUGUUUUACCCACUGCUUCUAAAGCACUAUUUAAAGCUAUUGCUCUCUACUAUGUUCAGAGCCAUACUGACUAGAGGAAAGGAUUCCUUUUUCUUGAAGGUGUGCAGUUUGUGCUCAAUUACCAUGAGCUGAAUUUCAGGCUGUGGGAUGUUUUUGUUUGACUGCUCUUUGGAUCACCUAAAACUCCUCCUGGAUGUUUUGCAGGUGCUUAGGCUCUCUGCAGCUCCCUUCUACCCAGCUAUCAAACUGGCUCUGUAAAGCAAGUGGCCAAAACUUUGUCUGUCUUCUCCUUGGCACAGUGAAAAUGAAGCUCAUUAUCAAAUUAUAUGAAGGAACCAUUUUUUCAUUGGAGACAGGCCACAGGAAUUCAAGUUUUGGCCAAUUCCCCACUUUCUACUAGACUUUGCACUGGUGUGAAGUGUGUUUCCUCUAUGUUGAACAUGGCCCCGACGUGCCUGCAGCCCCUGCUGAGGUGCCGCUCCCUCGCCAUCCUCUUCCUCACGCCGCUGCUGCUGCUGCCGCUGCCGCUCGCUGUGCCCACGCGGGAGGCCAGAUGUGCAUAUAUCAUCAUCAUCAUGGCUGUGUACUGGUGCACUGAAGUGAUGCCCCUGGCUGUCACCUCCCUCAUGCCAGUGGUAUUUUUCCCUCUGCUUGGAGUUCAGACCUCUAAAAAAGUGUGCUUGCAGUACCUAAAUAACACAAACAUGCUCUUCUUUGGAGGGCUGAUUGUUGCAAUUUCUGUUGAGCAGUGGAAUCUUCACAAAAGGAUUGCACUGAGGGUCCUUCUGAUUCUUGGGGUGAAACCUGCACUCCUGAUGCUGGGAUUUAUGGCAGUCACUGCCUUCCUGUCAAUGUGGAUAAGCAACACGGCCACCACUGCCAUGAUGGUUCCCAUUGUCCAGGCUGUCCUGGAUCAAUUGGACAGCACAGAGAAUGAUGUGACCAUGGUGGAACAAGCAUCUGGACAAACAAAUACAGUGAUUGAAUUGGAGGAAAAGAUCACAUCAGAGUCCACUGCAGUGCAUAUUGUUAGCAAUGAACAAGUCACUGAUGACCCCAAAUCUUCUGAGGAAAAGAAAAUGAGGAAGCGCAUAUGCAAGGGAAUGACACUUUGUGUAUGCUAUGCUGCCAGCAUUGGAGGAACUGCAACACUUACCGGAACAGGACCAAAUGUGGUACUGAAAGGCCAGAUGAAUCAGUUAUACCCCAACAAUAAUGAUGUUGUGAACUUUGCUUCCUGGUUUGGAUUUGCAUUCCCAAACAUGGUCCUGAUGUUGGUGCUAGCUUGGCUUUGGUUACAGUGCUCCUUCAUGGGACUCAAUUUUAAAAAAAGCUGGGGCCUUGGGACAGAGAAAACUGACAAAGAAAAAGCUGCAUACAGUGUGCUGAAGGCAGAAAUGAAGAAGUUAGGCCCUAUGUCUUAUGCUGAAUUAAAUAUCCUCCUCUUGUUUAUAUUGCUGGUGCUCUUGUGGUUUUCCAGAAACCCAGGCUUUGUAAAAGGCUGGGCUGCCAGGCUCUUCCCAGGAGGAGAAAAGUAUAUCUCUGAUUCUGUUCCUGCUGUGUUUAUUGCCCUGUUACUGUUUAUCCUUCCUGCUCAUAAGCCCAAGUGCAAAGCCUGGAAUCCAAGCAUGUCUGACCCUGAACAGACUGAAGAAGAUAAAAAAAAGCCAUUUUUAUCAGCCCCGCUGCUAGACUGGAAUGUGGUUCAAAGGAAGAUGCCCUGGAGCAUUGUGCUGCUGCUGGGAGGAGGUUUUGCUUUGGCAGAUGCAAGCGCAAACUCUGGGCUCUCAGCUUGGAUGGGUCGUCAGAUGACUCCACUGGGAUCUAUCCCACCAUGGGCCAUUGCAACAGUGAUCGCCCUUAUUACAGCUGUCAUCACUGAAUGCACCAGUAACGUGGCCACAGCUACCCUCUUCCUGCCUAUCUUUUCAUCCUUGGCUGAAUCUAUCAAGAUCCACCCUUUGUAUAUUAUGCUGCCUGCUACUCUCAGUGCUUCAUUUGCCUUCAUGCUACCUGUUGCAACACCACCAAAUGCAAUAGUGUUUUCUUAUGGCCACAUCCAUGUUUUGGAUAUGGUUAAAGCUGGAAUAGUGAUGAACAUGAUUGCAGUCUGCUGUGUCACACUGGCCAUCAACACAUGGGGAAGACCUAUGUUUGAGCUGGACACAUUCCCAGCUUGGGCAAACAGCACAAGAAACCAGUGACCUGUGAAGAAUUUGUGUGUUGAACAAGUGUUUGUCUGAAGCUGGAGGAGUACCACAGUCACAGAAGUAUAUGUGCCAGUGCCUUCAAUACACCAGUCUUUUUACACUAUUUCAUCCAGUUUGCAGCUUGCCUGAACGGUAUUUAGCAUCUGUGGAUGAAGUGGUUGCACACGACUGUUAUUGGCCUUCUGAAAUGCACAUUACCUGCCAGUUUCUUGACCUCAAAAAAGUGAACUUAGUGAAGAGUUAAGCCUUUAAUUAAAUAUGUUCUGACAAUUGUUUUAGUCACUGAAAACUAUGAUUUUCUUUCUAUUGAAUUACAAUUAUAGCAUUGGAGUAAAAAAAUUGCAGACUUUGUGCUGUCUUGUUAUAUAUAUAACAUAAUGCAUACUCUGCUCUCUGUUAUUUAACCAUAUUUGAAGCAGGAUGCUCUCCAUCUACAGAAGCUGUCUUGCAUUCUGUGGGUAAAAUCCUGUCAGAUGUCCAUGUUAGUAUCAGUUUGCAUUCUAUUCCAAAGCAAUGGGUAAAUGGGAGUGAACAAGAGGGGAUGUCUUGGGUUUCAUGCACCGGUGUAAAACAUUUCCCUAUUUCAUCUCACUUGAUCAGUUCUCAGUGAUGAAAUUGAUGGAGCUUUUUUCUCUCUGGUGCAGAUGCACUGCACAGUGGUGUCACAGAGGAAUCUUUUGCAGCAUUUCUCUUCCUCAGCGUUUACCUUCAAGAUUCAACAGCAUGCCAAAUGAGACUUUAUUUUCUCUUGUGUCUCAUAAAACCGUGGUGGCUUCAGGUCCCAGAAGUGGCUCAAUUUAAGAGCUGUGUCUCUAUGCCAGCUCUAAUGAGUUAAGAUAAACUUACUGUCCUAAACCAUCACAUUUCUGGGCAGGCAACAGCAGUGACAGCAGUCUAGUCUAUGAAAGGAGAAACUGAGGCAGCAAUGUCAUCCUUGUUCUAUGACAAUAAGACAAAUUUCUGGCUCACAGUUAUAUUAACACAUGUCCUGCAAGUUUGGCUCACCUGACAUUUAAAAACAAAACAAAACUAAACAAACAAAAAAAACCCCAAACAUUUCUUCAAGAAUGUUCUCCUAUAUAAAAUAUUUAAACUAUAAAAUCUCCUAUACUAAAAUCCUGAUUUUCAAUUUUAUUCCUAAUUUUGAUGGACAAGAAUUGAGAUGUUUAACUUAACUUGGGCAAACCUACAUUGUAAUUUAUUUUUGUGACCAAUCCUUUUUUAGGAUUCUCUCCUCUGAAGUCACUCUUGGGAAAGAAAUCCUGUUCUAGAAUAGCAAUGCAGACACGUGGGAUCUCUUUGAUCUCUUCUUUUAGAUCAAAGUCUGUGUUUACUGGGGAGUGACUUGUUAUGUUUUAAUAUAGUAAUAGUAGUAUUCCACAACCACUAAAAUGUUGCCUAAGAAAGCAACUCUUUUUUAUUAAGAAAAAAACUAUGCAUGAAUCCUUUUUAUAUGGUUUUUGUAAUGCAAUUCCCAGGGGAAAAUUCAUACUGCAUAGGAAAAUAUAGUAUUAUAGAAAAUUGCUAUGUUGGAUGCCAAAAAUACUUCAACAAAUUAAAAUUGAAAAUAAUUAAAACAACAAAAAAAGGAAAAAUUAGAAGGAUUUCAGGUAAGCCUGUAGAGAUUGCUUCCACUGCUGCUGCUCACUCAAGGAGCAUUUGCUUGUUAAUGGUUUUAUUCUGAGACAACUGUGUUUUAAUUAAUGAAGAAUUAAGCGUAGAGGUUGACAGAAAUCUCUUUGGCUGACUGUAAAGUCACUACGAAAAACAAACAAACAAAAAAGCCCUGCAAAGUUCCCAACUUUGUCCAAUAUCCAGUAUUUACCAUUAAACUUUAAAUACA